GCCACAGAUGGCUCUCUGCAGAGCGAAGACUGGACGCUGAACAUGGAGAUAUGCGAUAUCAUCAAUGAAACAGAGGAAGGCCCCAAGGAUGCCAUCCGAGCGCUCAAGAAGAGGCUGAACGGGAACAAGAACUACAGAGAAGUGAUGCUGGCUCUAACGGUACUGGAAACUUGUGUGAAGAACUGUGGCCAUCGCUUUCACGUCCUGGUAGCCAACCGUGACUUCAUAGAUGGGGUCCUGGUGAAGCUCAUCUCUCCUAAGAACAACCCUCCCACCAUCGUUCAGGACAAAGUUCUGGCCCUAAUUCAGGCCUGGGCCGAUGCCUUCCGAAGCAGCCCAGACUUAACCGGGGUGGUUCAUAUUUACGAAGAACUCAAAAGGAAAGGCGUGGAAUUCCCGAUGGCCGACCUCGAUGCUCUGUCUCCGAUACACACCCCUCAGAGAGUACUACCAGAAUGGGUAUCUAAGAAGCAGUUAGAAGAGUGGGAUAAGAGCGUCCCCGAAGUCGACCCAGCGGCCAACAUGCACAACUCCCAAUCCCAGCCGAGGGUGAGCGCCAGCCCCUACCCGUCGCCUUCCCCGACCGCCUACUCACCCCCGCAGGUGCCGCCCCUGAACGUGAGCAGCCCCAUCACUGCAAAUACCGAACAGAUCGCCCGGCUGCGCAGCGAACUGGACGUCGUUCGUGGGAACACAAAAGUUAUGUCGGAGAUGCUGACGGAAAUGGUGCCCGGUCAGGAGGACCCUUCAGACCUUGAGUUACUGCAGGAGCUGAACCGGACGUGUCGAGCCAUGCAGCAAAGGAUCGUGGAACUCAUCUCCCGGGUGUCCAACGAAGAAGUCACGGAAGAGCUCCUGCACGUGAACGACGACCUGAACAAUGUCUUCCUCCGAUAUGAGAGGUUUGAGCGGUACCGGCUGGGCCGGUCGACGCAGAACGCCAGCAACGGGGUUCUCAACGAAGUAACCGAGGACAACUUGAUAGACCUGGGGCCCGGUUCUCCCGCUGUGGUCAGCCCCAUGGUUGGAAACAGCGCUCCCCCGGCGUCGACCCUUUCUACCCAGCUUGCUGGGCUCGAUUUGGGCGCCGGCAACGUGAGCGGGACGCUCAGCUCCCUCCAGCCCUCCAACCCCCGCGACGACUUCGACAUGUUCGCACAGACGCGAGGCGGGCCGUCGGCCGAUCAGCGCAAGGCCACGACCUACGAAGACCCGCAGGCUGUUCGAGGGCUGGCGUCCGCCCUGGACGUUCGGAAACAGACCACAGGAGGGAUUCCAGUUGCGCAGUCCUCUGUCAUGGAUGACAUAGAGGAAUGGCUCAGUACAGACGUGAAAGGAGAUGAACUGGAGGAAGGAGUGACGAGCGAAGAGUUCGACAAAUUUCUAGAAGAACGCGCCAAAGCCGCCGAAAGGAUCCCCACCUUACCCUCGCUGCCGCCGGAGGAGCCCACGCCACUGCCGGUGAACCCCCCCAGCAAAAAGAAGCCGGAGCGCACGGAAGACGCCCUCUUCGCCCUGUGACGCUCCUCUCCCUCCUGGCUGUCCGUGGAAAGAACUACAGUCGGGGCUGCCUAGCUCUCCUCGUGAUACCCGGCUAGCGACGAGGUCCCCCUGGCUGCCACCCCGGGCUCCAUAGACAGCCCCCAGCGCCUCUCCGAAGCGAUCCAGCCCAAAUAAGCUAACUUUUAAAGAGUAUUUAAGCCCCCCGUCUUGUCAUGCCCAUGGUCAUCCUUCCACACUCGCUUCACCCCCUCUACCCCACCCCGGGUCAUAAUUGCUGAGAGUCAUCCUUUUCAAAAUGAUGCAUGAGCAUUUCCCCCUCACUGCAGAUGCAGAAGGAGUCCGGGAGGGGGCGGUCCCAAUUUCCGUUUAAACUGACCUCUCCCUCUCCCACAGAGGCAGUCCCAAAGUGCGCACGUGGAGCAUGUCCAAUGCGGCUGACUGUCUAGCAGGGCCCGUUGCGCAACAAUUGAGCUCUCACACUCAAACCACACCCCUGCUCCCUUUCCAUAUUUCCAAUGCAAAGGGAAUUCCUUUGCUCUCUUCUCCGGCCUCAGCUACUUCAGUUGCCUUUCCCGUCCUCGGUAGCACUUUGAUCCUGCUCGGUUUUCUUUGAAUGUUUACCUUGCUUUGCAGCCGCGAUCGUCAGCGGUAGGAAGGAUUGCGCCAACCGAGAAAUGGGCAAAAUCUCUCUCUUGGUGAGAAGAGAGUUUCCCCCCGAAAGGCUUUACCUUUUUCUCGGGGGGGACGUGAGUGGUCUUAACGUCGGUCUGGGCCCCCUCUGUGCUCGGACUUGUCAGGGCUGGGUUAGAAUGCAUUUCUCUGCAGCACUGGAGCGGCCUUCUUGCGGUUUCUUGGAAGUGGCAGGAAAGGAGGUCUUCUCUUGGUGGCAUAGUACGCGAUUAGUGGGUACUGUCACGAUGACGUGGCCGUACAUUUGUCACCCAGUUUGUACAUUGCGUGUCUGGUAUGGAUGUGGCUCUACCCCUUGCUGCUGGUAACGUUUGCAUGACGGAGUCGUACGCCGCAUGCAGUUCCUGUGGGUGGGCACCGCCAAAAGCAUUUUUACAUAGGAGCUCCCCAUGUCCCGUGAGAUUUGAUGCAUCCAAACAUGGCCGGUGUGGCUUGUGCAAUCCGGCCACAGGAGAUAAGGUAGCUGUAGACUGCAUCUAAGUUCAGAAGGAUGUGGAACCACGAGGCAGUUCUUGGCUUCAUGUAUGUGACGGUGAAAAAGAUAGUUUCCUCUGAUUCUGCGUCGUACAGCAGGUUCCACACAGUCAAGUCGCUAGAUGCUCGCUUUCAACCAUUGGUCUAGUGGAGGCAUCUGCCGUGAACAUCGAUGUUCCAUUUGUAGCUUAGCCACACGGCUGCUUUGCAUGGUGUUGUCUUUCUUUCUUUGGCACACGUGAGAUAGCAUGGCGGCCCAACCCAUCCAUAAUAACCCCCACGGGCCUCCAGAGGCCACAUUAAUUGUGGGUGGCCCCGCUCUAGCCAAGUGAAGGGCCCGGCGCCCCAGUUUUGCUUUGGAAAGAGAACUGUGUGACCUAGAAACGAGGAAAGCCGGUUUUGCCGGUUCCGUCCUGGUGGUCACGCGCCAGCAACAUCGGAGCCCUCCAGCCGUGGGGUUGCUCAGAGAUCCACCACUUGGAAGGAGGAAAGUGAGUGAUAGAUAGCGGUGACUUUGGGGGCGGGCGGGACGGAUGACUAUCUGUCUUGUCAGGGUUAGGUGGAAGAUAAGCCUGCAUGGUAGCCCCCUUUCUCCCAGCCAGGUGGACGAUUUGCCUUGCACCUUUGAAGGUUGUUCUAGAGCAAGGUCAGUUCAACCAGGGAAGGUGUACCCAAGCACUAGAUCUUCUCCACGCGGUCAUUUCCAGAGUCUCUUUCUGGAAACAUUCUUGAGCUGCUCUGGUGCUCCCCUUAGCCAAUGACGUCACUACCCUUUUUUUAGUAUAUACACGCAGGACAGCCUGCCUGUCUUGAAAUCAGAGCCACCACGGGUACAUAGACUGCACCUGGUUUCUGAUUUUGGACUGUUGGAAGACUCGAGUGAGGCCUUCAGAGGUGCUGCAGGGUGGUGGAGCAGAAGAAGCUGGGGAUGGGGAGAACCGAAAGCUUGGUGUGUUACAAUGUAAGGUGGAGGCUGCUUUGGACCGAAGCAAGAACAGGAGCCCCAAACCGGUGGCUUGUUAAUGGCUCAGAGUUCUCGUUUGGUCGAGAGGGAAUGUGGUUCGUUCAGGUUGGUUCACGGGGUGAAACAGCUGCUUUAAGUUUACCCAGGAAGCGUCAGACGUAUGAUCGUCUGCCUUGCCACAGGACAAGAACCAGAGGGGUCCAGUGAAGAUUGAUCUUGUAUUCGCGGGGCAGGCCUGUUAGGGUUCGCAUGGGGGUCUUGCCGAAAUUUCGCACAGCGAAUAAGGGACUCUGUGAAAAGUGUAUCCACACACACACACACACAACCUCUUUCCCCAAUAUGACUUUCCUUGAUAUACCCACAUCCGGAGCAACUACAAAAGUCCCAGACGCCAGACUUUCCGAAACACAGGACAGUUGCUGGCAUCAUAUAGGGAUAUCCCCCCCUGCCCUUAACAGCUCCGGAGCCGAUGAGAGGGGAAGGUUUGCUUUCCACUGGUCCAAGUUUGCUGCCACCAGCAAGUGUGAGAGCUUCCUGGACUGUCCCCGUUAUCUCAGCGAUGCCCCCAGUUUCUUUGCUGUCUUCAAGUAAGCCAGGCGCUGAACUGUCGAUAUACCGCUUCUCGUUACGUCUCGGUGGCUUGGAGUCCUUUGGUGCCCUCCUCCCUUCCCCAUACCUGUAUUUGCAGGCGCAAAAAAGGGGUGAACACUACGACAACUAGGGAUCAAAAGGGAAAGUGUGCAGCUGUCAGCUAAAAACAAUUCCUGGCAAAAGAGCUCGCGUCCCUUAGCACUUCUCUCUGUUAGAAAUCACGAAAUAAUGUUAAGUUAUCAUCGGGAACCCCCGUCUUUAAACACUAACUGCUUUUAGGCUUAACGUAUUUAUUCGGGCCUCGUCCCGUCAGGAAAUUCUCCUGCCUUGAGCUUCUUGAAAUGAACGGGAGAUACUGCCUGCUCGUCUCCGUUUCAAUGGGGCACGAGCAGGGGGACGUCCUGCUAUAUCGGGCCUCAGUUGUUACCACUGUAUCCCCCUACCCCUAAAUUGUAUUUUUAAAGGCCUUUUGUUAACAACUCUGUGUGCUAAGAAUUUUUUUAAGAAAACAUCCGAUUUGGGGGCGCUGCCUUUUUUUGUCUAAAACAUUUGCUAUGUAUAGAAUAAGGAUCUGUCUAGAACAAGUGCAAUACCUAAUCAGCUGUUACAAACAAAUAACACUAAUUAACUAGGAGAAAGUGAGAUGCGUGCUAUCUCCAACUGGGUAGGGUGUUUUUAGUUGCAGUUGUCGAGAAGCCUCUCUGCAUCUAUGGAAGGAAACCACCCCCCUCCCAAUCCUGAUAUUUAGAUCGAGUCAGGGGGCGCGGUGGCUUCUUUGCCCAUUGCUGUAGAGCUGUGGGGGAGAUGUCACCUUCUUUCCCGUUCCCCCUGGGUUGGAGGUGUUUAUGUCCAUAUAAUGCAGCUCACUUCUGCUGGGAAAACGGCAAGACCUGCUGUUUGCCGGAGCAGGGUGUGUCCGAGACCGCGGCUGCAGUUUGUUGCCACAAUUACCCAUGUAAAGGGGUGGUGGUACGCUGCUUGCAUUGGUUCUGCCCUUUCUCGGAUCCGGUGGCAAAUUCGGACUGCUCUCACGCCAGUUUAUGACCGGGCUUUUUCAGUAGGGGAGCUUGCUCACAAGGACGAGCGUGUCGGUUCCUUCAUAUCCCCUCCGGACGUCUCCCCUUAGCCUGG